AUGGACGCGCUCCGCGUCGCAAAGGUCGAACGUGUCGUCCUCGCUUGCACAACUCGCGACCCCCCGCACACACACAUCCAUGUCGAAGGCACUCUGCACCUGACACCACACCAUCUCAUCUUUCGGCCCAACGCGGACAGCGUCGUCCCCGGCGCCGAGACCGGUUCUCAUGCAGAGCCUCAGGCAGAGAAACAAGAGGUAUGGGUCCCUUACCCGACCAUCAACAACCUGCAGCGCUUGCCGCAGUCGGCGGCGGGAAGGUAUCCGCUCUUUGUCGGCACCAAGACGUUUGACUCGUACACGUUCCUGUUUGAAAAGGACCGCGAGGGCGGCGCAGAGGAUGUGUGGCAGAGUGUAAAGGACUGUGCAGUGGCUCAGCCAGAAUCGGUCGAGCAACUGUACGCCUUCUUCUACACUCUCCCGAGGUCUCCGGUGGCGUCAACGUCCAAGGCGCUGCCCGAUACAAGUGUCCAGAACCCCUUGACACUUGGAGAAGACGACAAACCCGUCGGCGGUGCUGUUACACAGGCCGCCCCGACCAGUGGGUGGAUAGCGUUCAACCCGCGCGCCGAAUUUGCGCGCCAGGGUGUCGGAUCCCGCACAAAGGCGUGGCGGUUCACCGACAUUAACCGUGACUAUACAUUCUGUCCGACCUACCCGUCCAAGAUGGUCGUGCCGAGCCGUAUUUCGGACACGCUCUUGACGUAUGCGGCAAAGUAUCGAUCCAAAGCUCGAAUCCCAGCACUCUCGUAUCUGCACUGGGCCAACCAUGCUUCGAUCACUCGUUCAUCGCAGCCCAUGAUUGGCAUCAAGAACACGCGCUCGCCACAAGAUGAGCGUCUUGUUGAGUGCAUCUUCACCUCGCACCUCUCCCCGGACAGUGCAUUCUCCUCGACUGCAGGCCCAUCGACCACACCUCCUCUGCACAUUUACGGCGCCACGCCGACAAACCUGAUCAUUGACGCACGACCCACAGCCAACGCCAUGGCGAACCGCGCCAAGGGUGCCGGUACAGAGAACAUGGACUGGUACAAGGGCUGCAAGAAGGAGCACCUGGGCAUCGACAACAUCCACGUCAUGCGCAACAGUCUCAAGAGCGUGGCUGAAACCCUCGCCGAGGCCGAGGCGUCUCAGAUGCCUGUCGACCGGGAACGACUGCGUAGAAGUGGGUGGCUCAAGCACAUUGCUGCGAUCAUGGAAGGAUCAGUCACGAUUAUCAAGAACAUUCACGUCUACUCGUCGCACGUCCUUAUCCACUGCUCGGACGGCUGGGACCGCACAUCCCAGUUGAGCGCCAUUGCCCAGUUGUGUCUCGACCCAUACUUCCGCACCAUUGAGGGUUUCAAGGUGCUCGUGGAGAAGGACUGGCUGGCCUUUGGCCACAUGUUCAUGCAGCGCUCCGGCCACUUGUCCUCUGACAAGCUGUUCACCGCCACCCCGGAAAACUUUGACCAAGACGAGGAGAGUGAUGAUGACUUUGGCGGCGCCAUCAAGGGCGCGCAGGCCUUCUUCUCGAGCGUCACAAAGACGUUUACGUCCAGCUCGCACUUGAAGGAGAUUUCGCCAGUCUUCCACCAGUUCCUCGACUGUGUCCGCCAGAUCCAGCGCCAGUUCCCCGAGCGCUUCGAGUUCAAUGAAGACUACCUGCUCGACUUGCACUAUCACCUGUACGCCUGCCAGUUUGGCACAUUCCUGUUCGACUCGGAACGCGCGCGCCGUGUGCCCCUGGGUGGCAAGGGCAAGGCUUACAUUGACCGCACGGUCUCUGCAUGGGACUGGUUCGACCUCCCGGCCCAGCGCCAGCAGUACCUCAACGCAGACUACAACCCCAAGUUGGACGAUCGCGAGUCGCGCGAGCACGAUGCCGACAUGGGUGUGCUGAUUCCCGACGCCAAGGACAUCAAGUUCUGGCACCGUCUCUUCAAGCGCAGCGAAGAGGACAUGAACGCGCCAAUGUCUCGAUUUCUCGCGCCGGAAACACCUUCUGAGACGCCUGAAGAGGUAGACUCGUCUGCCGAGGUUUCGCGCCAGCCGUCGCCGCGCCCACCAGCUCCUAUCCGCCAAGACUCGGCGGCCAGCUCGGUCGCGGCAAGUGUCGCCGGCCUGCCUUCCCCUGCGGCCGCGAGCUCAUUCGCCCGCCUGCCCACGACCGUCAACAAGAACUCGUCGGCCGCGGCGCAGGCUGGUGCCGGCUGGAACUGGUCGCAGCUCUCCAACGGUCUCAGCACGGGCGCCCUCACGGCCUUCAACCAGAUCAAGACGAGCGCUUCCGAGGCCGUCAAGCAGCUCCGCGAGAGCGCCGAUGACGAGAUGUGGGGGGCCACACCGGGCUCUACUGCUCCUGGUGGAUCGUACGCUCCCGGCACAGGCAUUGGCGAAGCGUCUCGCGGCAACCUCCCGCGAACCGCUCUGCGCAUGCCCUCGGAAUCCAACCCGUGGACCGUCGAGUCGCCCUCGGCCAUCCUCGCUGCCGAGGUCGCGUCGCCAUCAGUCGCGACGCCCUCGGCGCGUAACCCCCCGCCAUCGCCCAAGCGCGAGACAUCGGCAUCGACGACGUCGAGCAGCUGGACGCACGCGAACCCAUGGGGCGACGCACCCGUCAGCCGCAGCCUGGCGGACCUGAGCCUCGACGAUGUGGCGGGCAGAAAGGCCGCGGCGAGCCCUGCUACCGAGGUCAAGCCUGCGCCUGCACCUGCACCUGCGCCAGCACCAUCACCAGCACCAGCACCAGCAGUCAAGGUUGCGCCAGUGGCGACGACCCCACUGGACCCCACGCCAGUCCCUGUAAAGGAGCCCGAGCCAGCAGCGCCAGCGCCAACGAAGCAGGCGACAGACGACGAGCUCCUCGCGGCGGCGCUGGGCGGCGACAGCAAGGCGUGGGACCCGCUUGGCGCGUUGUAG